AUGGAGGAGGCUGUGAAUCCAGAAGACUUUCUAGGGGACAGCAGCAGUUUUAUUGAAUACGCUAUACGUUAUAUCCAGGAAAACCUGAGUGCAGAAGAUAUUUGCUCCCUGCUGUCAGAAGAUGACAUCUGGGAGGAUUUUGUGGUGAAAGCCCAAUUCUCAAGGGAGGAGGCAGAAGAAGUACUCGAAGGUCUGCUGGUGCAGGAAACAUUCAGAACCAUGGAAGACGAAGAUAUCUACCAACAAGAGCAAGUGUACAAGGAGAGGUUUUUGAAAGAGUUUCCUAAGAUGAAACAAGAACUUGAAGAGCAUAUGGCACAGCUCCGAGCACUGGCAGAUAAGGCUGAUAAAUUACAUAGGGGCUGUGCCAUCUCAAGCUUGGUGGCUGGAUCCACCAGCAUUGUGUCUGGUAUUCUGACCAUUAUUGGCAUAGGUCUGGCACCUGUGACAGCUGGGGUCAGUUUGGGUCUGACAGCAGCUGGAAUGGGACUGGGGGCAGCAUCUGCAGUGACUGAAGUGACCACCAGAAUUGUGGAACAUGCAAACAUGGCAGUCAUAGAAACUGAUGCCAAUAAGUUGACGUCAACGGAGGUUAACCCCGAGGAAGCAUUGAAGGGAGUUGUACGUGACAUUGGCCCCAAACUUGCUCCCUUGGGAAAGAAUAUUGUUAAAAACAUGGGAAGUAUUGAGAAGAAUAUCCGUGCCAUCCAGUUGAUCAAAACCAACCCUCGUUUGACAGCUCGAGCAAUGCGCUUCAUGAACUCUGGAAGAAUCUCAGCCCGAAAUGCCAGGCAGGUGCAGAAAGCCUUUGGAGGCACUGCACUGGCCAUGACCAAAGGAGCCCGGAUGGCAGGGAUGGCCACUGCAGGUUUGUUUCUCCUGACAGAUCUAUAUAGUGUUGUGAAACAAUCAAUACACUUGCAGAAGGGGGCUAAGACAGAGUCUGCUGACCGGCUGAGGGAGCAGGCUUCCGAACUGGAGAAGACAUUGGAAGAUCUCAAAGAGAUCUAUGUGAUUCUCCUUGAAGACUGAUUCUAUGAUCUCGCAGGAGCAC